AGCAUAAAAUUGUAGAUGACCUAUAGGAGAUAUGUCUUGACCUCUGGACAUCUUCCUCGUAGUAUGAAACUUGUGUUAGUUUAUGGCAGAUCGUUCAUCAUGAAGGAACAGUGGAGCAUCAGUAAUGAGAAGCUUAUAAGUGUGGAGGAGGGACAUGGAAAUUCAAUUCCCGACAAGAAAGGUAUCACAUAUUUGAAACCCGUGAACACACACCAUAUAUGUGAACAAAUAAUACAAUGCGUGAAACUAAUCCUGUACUUGGAACUGCUACUGUUUGUCGGAUGGGCUUCUUACACAAUAUGGCAAAGUUAUCAUAUCGAUUCAAUAGAAGCCAAGGCUAUAGACAACGUUCGAGAAGCAGAAUCAAAAAAUUUAUUCGACCAACAAUCGACAUUUGUCGAAAGUACUCUUGCACCCGAAGAAUUGCAUACAUCGGAAGAUAAAGUAGUAUUGAUACACGCAAUGGGAUAUGUGGAAGAUUCGCAUCACGAUAAGAAACAGCCCUUCAAUGAAGAACACGACAUUAUACCGAUAGCAAAACCCGAUCGAGACUCUCCAACAAAAGACAGUGAAUCGUCGUCUGUACCGAAAGUUGAUAGUGCAAAAAACGUUGAAAAUAAUGAAUCAGAUAAAGAUACUACUGUAUAUAAUUAUUCCGAAGUACAAGAUCACUUUAUAACCGAAGAACCGAAACAAGUAGAAAAUGGGAAAGAAGAAAAUUCGGAAUAUUAUGCGCUUCUUUCGUUACUACUACAAAAUGCUAUGAAGACAGAACCUAUGAAAGAUCAUACCACCGAUAGCAGCAUUAACUUGCAAGAUGCUCCGGUAUUAAGUGGACCGAUCUAUACACCUGUAGAAAAUCAAGAGAAGGAAAUUUGGGAAUACCUGAGAAAUAAGAAAAACUGGUAUCCGGAAAAUACAGAAAGUCAAGUAAAUCAGGAAAACGGGGAAAAUUUUGAAAAUCUAGAUACACAGGGAAACUUGGAAAAUCAGGAAAAUUGUAAGAAUGAAGAAAAUUACGAGAUUCAGGAAAGUGAGGUAAAUCAGGAAAAUCAGGAAUAUCAGGAGAAUCAAGAAAAUUUGGGUAUUCUGGAAAACCAAGAGAAUCAGGAAAAUCUGGAUGUUCUGGGAAAUCAAGAAAACGAGCAAAGUGCUCCAGGAAUUCAAGAAAGUCCGGAAAUUCUGGAAAAUGUCGAAACACCGAUAUUAAUUAUGGAUGAUGAUUAUUUCGAAAAAAAUUUGAAAAAUGACAUGCUUUCUAUGUUACGGACACCACAAGACCCAUACGUCGCUGAUAAAUCUGAUGACCAUUUUGACAGAAUUGGUGAUAUGUUUCGAACAGAUUACGAGGAUGGACUGGGCGAUUUUCAUUACAGAUAUGUACCUUAUUUCUAUUUUGACCCAUCUUUAGAUUUCGAGAAAACGGGUACAUAUAAUUCUAAGUCUGACUUAUUUUUGUAACGAAAUAUUGUACAGGGUAUCCCACUAAUUUUGUCCAUUUGAAAUAUCUUCGUUAUGAGAAAUAGUAUGCGAAAAAAUGUCAUAUAAGAAUUGAAAAAUAAUUCUAAUAUGGUGGUAGCAACAAUGUCUUUAUAUGGGGCAGGAUAAAGGAGACCUCGAGAUCAAUUUUCAUUUCUAAGAUAGAUAUUAAAGUAAGUUUUAUAUUUAGAAUUCGUGAUCUUGUCGAAUUUAAACUCAAAAGAAUAAACAUUUUCUCUAUUAAAAAUGAGAACUAAUUUACUCAUCCCCUCAUGUUAUGUUUUUGUUGGAACGACUACUACUUUUAUCAGUAAUAUUUUCAUUUAUUAUUUGAAAUAAAGAAGAUAUUUUAGGUGGAUAAUGACGGAGCAUUCUGUAUAAUACAAGAAAAUUUCAACAAAUAAUCUCAUGUAAUAAUUUCUUAUCAUGGUUACAGAAGAAGCAACCCGUAGUUAAGAUUUCUAUCGUAAAAGUAUAGCAAUAAUUUGAAAAGAUGUGUUUCGUAUUUCUUUGUAUCACUUUAUAAUUAAUCUUUUAAUUUAAAUAACUUAUAGUAACUUAUUGAAUAAAUCAAACGUGAAAUUGUAAAAGAAAA